GGUGGCGGCUGCUGGACCAGUGAGUGUGGACAGCCGGGCUGGGCAUGGAAGCGGCGCCGUGCGCCCCGGGCUCUGUCUAGCCUUAAGGGGCUGGGCGCCGGACUCUCGGACGGCUGGAGCCAAGGCGGCCGGACGCUGGCGCUUGGGAGCGUCGGGUGUGGAGCACGGGCUGUGCAGUUUAGGGCGGGAUUGGGUCCGGAUGCCCCCAGCAGGGAAAGAGCGAUCUAGGGGCCGGCGGAGACGCGCCUGGCCUGUAGUAGCAGGCCCACCGGGUGGGUUGGGGCCCGUAGGAGUAGGGCGUGGGCGUUUGCGAGAGUCGCAGCGCCCAGACCUAGGCGUCUCUGCUGGCGACUGGGCCGGGUGGGGGCAGCCAGGCCGGAGGCUUUGUUUCCUCUCAUGACAGGUGAUCGGUCAGUCUGUUCUGUCAACGAGGUAUGCAUCGUCCUCGUGAGAUUUGCGUCCAGGCAGAGCCAGAUCGAGGGUGGGCGUCCGGGAUGUCCCAGGAGUCGGCGACUUAAGGACUUGUCCAAGGUGGCCACCUGCUUGGCCCAGCGCCAUGCACACACUUGUGUUCCUGAGCACUCGGCAGGUACUCCAGUGCCAGCCAGCUGCCUGCCAGGCCCUGCCCCUGCUGCCCCGAGAGCUCUUCCCCCUGCUGUUCAAGGUGGCUUUCAUGGAUAAGAAGACAGUUGUACUGCGUGAGCUUGUGCACACAUGGCCCUUUCCACUGCUCAGCUUCCAGCAGCUGCUGCAGGAGUGUACCCAUUGCAGCCGGGCCCUGCUGCAGGAGCGGCCCAGCACUGAGAGCAUGCAAGCUGUGAUCCUAGGACUGACUGCUCGGCUCCACACCCCAGAAGCUGAGGCUGGAAUACAGCCCCUCUGCAGGAAGCACACAUUGCGGGUUCUGGACAUGACUGGUCUUCUGGAUGAUGGUGUGGAGCAGGGUCCUGGUACCAUGAGCAUGUGGGACUGCACGGCAGCCGUGGCCCGCACAUGCAUCGCCCAGCAUCAGGGUGGGUCUGCUGAGCCGGGGCUGACCCCCGUCCCUGUGGAGGUUCGUGUGGACCUUCGGGUGAACCGGGCCUCCUAUGCAUUCCUGCGUGAGGCACUCCGAAGCAGUGUGGACAGCCCUCUGCGGCUUUGCUGCCGGGACCUCCGAGCUGAGGACCUGCCCAUGCGCAACACUGUGGCCCUGCUGCAGCUUCUAGACGCAGGCUGCCUGCGCCGUGUGGACCUGCGUUUCAAUAAUCUGGGUUUGCGUGGCUUGUCUGUCAUCAUCCCACAUGUGGCCCGCUUCCAGCACCUGGCUAGCCUGCGGCUGCACUACGUACAUGGGGACUCAAGGCAGCCCUCUGUGGAUGGUGAGGACAACUUCCGCUAUUUCCUGGCCCAGAUGGGUCGUUUCACCUGUCUACGGGAGCUCAGCAUGGGCUCUUCUCUCCUUUCUGGCAGGCUGGACCAGUUGCUCAGCACCCUGCAGAGCCCCCUGGAGAGCCUGGAGCUGGCCUUCUGUGCUCUGCUGCCUGAGGACCUACGCUUCUUGGCACGGAGCUCCCAUGCUGCCCACCUCAAGAAGCUGGAUCUGAGUGGUAAUGAUCUGUCAGGCAGCCAGCUGUCACCCUUCCAAUGUUUGUUGCAGGCGGCAGCAGCCACACUGCUGCAUCUUGAGCUGACUGAGUGCCAGCUUGCUGAUGCCCAGCUGCUGGCCACUCUGCCCACAUUGACGCGUUGUGCCAGUCUUCGCUACCUUGGUCUCUAUGGCAACCCACUAUCUAUGGCAGGCCUCAAGGAGCUGCUUCGGGACUCAGUGGUUCAGGCUGAGCUGCGCACUGUGGUGCACCCCUUCCCUGUGGAUUGCUAUGAGGGCCUGCCUUGGCCACCACCUGCAUCUGUCCUGCUGGAGGCCUCCAUCAAUGAGGAAAAGUUUGCACGUGUAGAAGUUGAGUUGCACCAACUGCUGUUGGCCUCGGGCCGUGCCCAUGUACUCUGGACCACAGACAUCUAUGGCCUGGCUGCGGACUAUUUCAGUCUGUGAUCUCCAGGUUCUGGGUGAGAGACAGGCAGAGAGCCUUUGCUAAGACUCUUGUAGAAGCCUGACACAAAGGCCCUGGUCUCAGUGCCUUGCUCCUGGGUGCACCUUGAGCCUCCCCUGCUUCCUGCAGUGCCCUGCAUCUGCUUCUUAACUGGCUGUGGGCUUGGGAUUUCAGGCCUGGAUUCCCCUGCUCUGUAUGACUCCACUUGUCUGCUCUCCAGGAUACCGAUCCUUUGUGCAGAUGCUCUUGGAAUCCUAACUGUGAGCAGAGAGGAGCGGGUCUCUAGGCACUUUCCAUUCCCUUACCAAGAACAUAGUGCUCUGGGGGUGCUCUGGGGUCAAAGUUGGGAAGGGAUCUGCUUCAGGGAAACUUGGAACCCUAUAUUUUUCCGUGCCCUGGCAUCCAAGCCAUCCUGUUAGUUGGCUCUAGAGCUUUAACUAUCAUCAAGGUACAAACACCCAAUGUAUC